AAGGUGUGGUGAUGGCUUCAAAUAAAUUCAUCGAAGAUGCCCUAACGAAGCAAGUGAGCGAGUCAGCCGUGAACGCGAUCGUGGGAUCGUUGGAGAGUCACAUCGCAGCCGCCGACGAUGCGCGGGCUGUGCCAACGCUGGAAGUGCGACCGACUGUCAAUGCAACUAGAGGGAACAGCCCACUUCCCCGCGGCACGAUCGUGCAGACCGUGCAAAUCCCGCAGAGCAACGUUCAGGCCGUCGUCAUGCCGUCUCCGUCUUUCAGAGCCCGUGGCAUCACCACAACCGCGGUGCUUCCUGCGGGAACAACCAUCCCCGGAACUCAGAACGCGGGUGUCCCGAGAGCCAUUGCUCAACUCCCCAGUUCGGCGGUUCUCAUUGGAACAAAUGCUCAGGUUCGAUCGUCUCAGCAAACGGUAGUGCAAACAUCGGGGGUGCCGAUCGCUGGUCCUGCGGGGAACCAGUUCCUCGUCCGAACCGAAGGCGGCUACCAAAUCAUCCGCCUCGCGGUGUCGCCGGCCACCACAGUCGCCUCAUCCCCAGUGGCUAUCCCGCAGUACAGAUUCAGCCAAAGUCGAAAUCCGAAUCCGGUCCUUCAUCAAACCCCCGUCCAAGUCAGUGCCGGCCAGCAACUCGUGCGACCUUCCCCGAGAUCUCCUACGCGAAUAGCCAUCGUGACUCCGCAACCAGCAGUCAGUGUUCCGCCGCCAUUGCUGCAGCAUAGAAGCGCCGCCACUGCGGCGGCCACUCGACCAACGGCGGCGAAUCCAGUAGUCGUGCAGCAGCAGCAGCAGCAACAACAGUCGGCGUCGUCGCAGUCGUUGCAAAUGCCGCCGGAAACAGCCAAAAUCAAGUGCAAGAAUUUUCUCGCGACUUUGUUGAGAUUGGCCAAUGAGCAGCCAGACAACGUGGCCAAAAACGUGCGGAAUUUGAUACAGGGUCUCGUUGACGGGAAAGUGAUACCGGAGGACUUCACGUCCAAGCUGCAGCGUGAACUCAACUCAUCCCCGCAACCCUGUUUGGUCCCGUUUCUCAAAAAGAGCUUACCCUUUUUAAGACACUCGUUGGCGACCGGGGAGCUUACGAUUGACGGCGUUGUAGCACCGCCGUUGUCGUCAAUCACUUUGCCUACGGCGGCUGGGACAGCGACGGCGGCGGCGAUGACGACUCAGAAUUCUACGGCAUCGGCGACCCCGAGACCCGGCAGUCGGAUAGUACCGCAAAGAAUGCCGCCUCCGAGACCACCGGCUCCGCCCGCGACGCAAGUGCAAAUGCAAACGCCGAACCGACCUGAAACCUUCAACGCGCAGUACACGGGAGGUUUGAAAAUAAUUACUCCUACUCCUUUACAAAGUCCUGGGAGUCAUUUUGUGAGCGGCGGAGGUGGAGCAACAAGUGUCGGUGGUGGUAGCGGUGGUCAUUCCACGACUAGUCCGAGCAAGAUGAAGGCCAAGCCGAAGGCGAACGGAGUGCCUAGUCCGGUGCAAAACGUUCGCACGAUGCCGUCGACGGGUAUGAACGGGAUCUCGCCGAUGCACCGGCAGAAAGUGUCGCCCGCGACGGCGGCGGCGGGAGCUGGAGCAGCAGCAGCAGGAGGAUCCAAGGUGGAUCGGAAGGGGGCGGUGAAUGCGUCUGGGCCGGUGGCGGCUGUGCGAAGUGACGUGGAUGAUAUCAAUGACGUCGCUGCGAUGGGAGGUGUGAAUUUGUUGGAAGAAUCGCAGCGGAUUCUGGGCUCGACGGAAUUUAUUGGGACGCUUGCGCGGUCGUGCUCUGAUCAGAUGGCGUUGAAUGCUGAUGCACUGGCCUCGAAAGUGGACGAAGUCUGCAGGAGAAAGGGCCUCGACAGCGGCAGUGUCCAGUCCGACGUGCUCAUGCUGCUCUCGCACGCAGCAGAGGAGGUGGUGAAGACGCAGUUGUCCAAGCUGUCCCACGCGGCCCAGCACCGCAUGGACAUCUUCAAGUUCAAUCCCCAAUUCGAACAGUGCAACGACGUUCGCGGCCAGAUCCGGUUCCUCGAGAACGUGGAGAAGGGCGAAAAGCGCCGCCACGAGGAGCAAGAGCGGGAAAUGCUUUUCCGCGCUGUCAAAUCCCGAGCCAAGGUCGAGGACCCCGAAAGGGCCAAACUCCGCGAGAAGGCCAAGGAGUUGCAGCGAGCCGAGCAGGAGGAGAUUCGGCAGCGAGAGGCGAAUUUGACGGCGUUGCAGGCCAUUGGGACGAGGAAGAAGGCCAGGACGGACGCCCCGGUGGCCAGUGCGGCGCCGGCCGUGUCGUCCAUGAUGUUCCGGCCGCGGGUGAAGCGAGUCAACCUCAGGGACCUGGCGUUUAUUUGGGAAGGCGACCGGGAUCGGUGUCGAGGACGGGACUUGUACAAAUUGUUUCUCAAGUGAAAGGAGCAAGUGUGUGUCUCUUCAUUGUGAUGCCGUUUUGUUUUGUUUUGUUUUUUUGCGAGAAUUUCCAGUGUGUCCCGCCCCCUCAAGCAAAAACAACGAAAGGAAUGCGAGAAAGGGUCUUUUUGGAACUUUUGACGAGUCCGUCUGUCUGUCUGUCAUUGCGAGAGAGACGGUCUGUUCUGUGUUUGUUUUUUUUCGCUGUUCCCCAUGGAUUUUUGGAAAAUCUAUCGUAUUCUAGUAAAAAUUUGAAACAUUGGUCCUAGUCGAGAAUUGUUCUACCUCUCAAAGCUGAUGUAUUCAACGCAUUUUUAUGUAUAGGCCGACAUGCUGCAAAAUGUUUUUUUUCGCUCUUCUUGAAUAAAUGAGACCAAAAACCUUUUUUUUUCAGUGGGUCCCCGCAUAAUGAAAUGAAUUCAUUUGCAUUAGGAAUCUAAUCCGGACGAGUUUCGUUUUGCCUAUUUCCGUUGUGGAAAAGCGUUUUUUUCUUGAGAUAACUUUGUUAUCGAUUCAAUAUUGGUUUAAUAUCUGUGUAUUUUUCAGCAGAAAAUUAUGAAUUUAAAUAUUUAAUAUUGUUGAGUAUGAAAUUAAAGUAAUCCCAAUAACUCUUGCUCAUAACUUCCCGAAUUUCUCAAAUUUUAAAUACAAGAAGAUGUGUUACUAAAGAUUUCUUUCACGUUUUGAAAUAUUCUCGUUACAGUUCAAAACCUGUUAAAAUCUUCGUAAUUUUGUGCCGAAAAUUUCGUCGUGUGAAAUAAUUUAGUAAUGCGAGUCGUCUUUUUAGCCCCCUAGAGAUUUUCUUCUUGCGGAUUUUUGUUGUGUGGGUCUUUUAUUAUGCGGGGACUCAACACACACUUGGGAUAAUAGCACAGUACCUAUCCGAUAUUUUUUCACGGAUUCAUUUUGACCUUAAUAGACUCAAAAAAGAGGACUUGAUGAAAGAACUUCAUAAAUGGCCGUCUGAUUUUGCGACGAAAGAAUUUGUCCUGAGGUGAAAACGAAACCAAACCAGUUGUGCUAUCCAAGAGUUUGUUUACAAACGAAAUCUCAUGACUUCAGCGAAAUUUCGAAAGACUACUACAGUAUAAUUUUCUGAAUGCAUUACUUUACAUGCCCCAAAAGCUGGAUUGAAGAGUUGGGAGGGGAAAUCUGCUUACUGAUGCCGCCGUUCGAUGCUUUUUUUUUUAUUGCUGAUGCCUGAAGAAGUCCCCAACAUGGACAUGAUGAAUAUCUAUGAAAUUAAAUUUAAAAAGGCAAUGAAUUCCAGUUUUGUCUGGAGUUCUGACGCUGGAACAAAAUCUGCCAAGUUUUUGUGCUCUUGUGGUAUUUUCGAAUCUUGUCUCCAGUGCGGUCUGAGAGGUCCGAAAAAUCCAGGGUAAAUUAGCAAAAAUUCUGGGGAACCGCUGAAAAGAAAAUUUUGUUUGAGUUAUUUCUGGUAACAGUCUGUCUCUCGAAGGAUUGUUGGUACAGUACGUGACUCGCAAAAGUUAAAAAAUGGCCCUUUUAGAGAAAAACACACACAAAUACAUAGUUUUCACGUUUUUAUACCGACGUUAUGUAUCCAUGUAACGCUUACUGUUCAAAAUGUUUGCUCUUUUCACUCUCUCAGUGUCUUUUCGGGUUGCGUCUCGCUUUGAUUUUUUCGGAUGUUCUGUAUGGUAUACGAGUAUUUAUCACUUUUAUAUCGGUGCUUUUGCCUUGGUUUUUUUUGUGGGUCUCGAGAACAAUGUUUGUGUUUAAGAGACUGGAGUCCAGGAGGUCCUUUUUUUGUGCGGACUUUUAUGCAGAUAUAUUUAUUUUUAGCGUGAUUUUAAUCGGGGUGUGGUAGAAGGCAGUUUUUCAGCCCUUUUCUCGUUUUCGUCUGCUCUUUUCUCGCCAAUUAAAUUCGUGAUUCCUGACUGGAAAAAGGAAAGAAAAAAUUAAUGGGAAAGAAAAGCCUCUUGAAGAAUUUAUGGGAACAGUUCUGUCAGUGUUUUCCGUGGGAUGAAGCCACAAUCCGGUGAUAUUUUUGUUGAGAGUAUUGUUUAACGAGUUUGUAAAUGGUUUUUUUUUUUGAGGAUUUUUAUUCAGGUUUGUUUGGACAGCUGAGUGAAAUGCGUUCUCUUUUUCAACUGCUGCAGAUUUUUUCUUUUUGCAUGUGUUCUUGCAAAAGAUGGAUCCCUUUUUUGUUGACGCGGUGAUUUCGCGGAUUUUGUUCUUCUGCAGAAUUUUCGGGAUUUUGGUCGUUGGAAUUCAGUGCUUAUCAGUGUGCUACUACUCGUGUUACCCCCCGAAACUGAAAAAAAAAGAUACUCCGCAGAUAAGCCCUAGCACAGUUUCGAACGUAAGUCCUUUUCUAUCCCAAAAAUGUACCUAGUCAAGAAUAAUCGAAUUUAUUUUUUCCUUUUUAAAUGACAGUUUAAAUGAAAAUUGCAUAAGGGUUCAAAUAAUUGGAUUUUCGACGAGUCUUUCAGUUGCGAGGAAGUCAUGGAAGGUGUGAGGAUGGCCCAGAAUUUGUUUCGUGCUGAAGAAGCUCACGUUUCCGACCCAAAUUGUCGAAAUUUUUGACGCAUCAUCCGUCGGUUUUUGUCGAGUAUUUUGAAAGAUCUGAAUCGAGAAAGUGUUCAUAUUUAAAUUUUGUCGAUGACGUGGUACAAUUUUUCUGGAGAAACUUCUGGAAACAGCGACAACUGGUGUAUUUUCUUGGUGGCUCUGAAAGAAAAGAUUUCUGCUUGAUCGAUUUUAGUUGCCAGUACAGUAAUACUCAAUUUAAAGGUUUGUUGCGUCAGAAAGAAGAAACUCUGUUGUGAGGGGUUCUACUUCAGUUGUAUUUCCGAGAUUUUUUCAUCAUUUUUGGAAUUGGGCUCAUUGUAUUCAAUUAAAAAUAACGCCUUCUCUGUUUCAACGAUGUGGACCUAUUUUUACUGGAUUACCAGAAGAUUUCUGGGUUUCUUCUAAAUAAAAUCGUGUGUUGAACUUGCGGAAGAAUUCGUAUCAGGAAAAUAAAAAAACGUUGGAAAUUGGCGUAUCCUUAUCAAGUAAUCUUGCGUCUCAGUCAAAUUUCCUCAAUAAGAUAAAUUCGAAAUGACGACCAAUUGUGGCACCAUCCCAUGGGAAGGAAAACCAACGCUGAAGACUGACUCCCAUAUCUUUGUAGAGAGUAAUGGUGUAUGUUUCCUUUCGUAUUGUGAUUUUUUUCUUGGCCUGAAAAAAAAUCGAGGGAAUCAUUCGCCGCGAUUUGAUGAGAGAUGUGGGGGGAAAAAAGAAGAGAAGGAAAGAACGAGAAAAAGCGAGAGUUCGAAAAAAUGAAAUUUUUUUUUUUCAAAGCUCUGUUUGUGUCGGGGAGAGAUCGGCUGUGAUCUGAAACUUUUCCCCCUUCAUUUUCGUGCCGCCCACCAUUUUUUUUUUCAACAUGUUUUUUUCUUUUUCGGGCCUUUUACCACAAUUGUCAAGGUCCGUUGACCUCGGAACCGUUUUCUUCGUGUGUGAGGCCGAAAAUGAGGUGGAAAGAAAACAAGAGAGGAGAAAAAAUGAAUGUGGUUGCAACACUCGUUGUAGAGAGAGCAAUUCGUAUCAAAGCUCACUGGUGGAACCCCGUUUUUUUUCUAUUUCCAUAAAUUUCUCGUGUUUCA